GCGUGUGUGGGGGUGCGCACGCUCUUCCCUUUUCUCUCUGCUCAUUUCUGUAUGGCUGGCCACCUUUUUCUCCCCAGCGCUGAGUGUCUGAGAGCCGUUGGCUGCUCUGAACCGUUUGGCUUCUUCCCUUAGUAACAGCUUUAACAUUUUGCCUCAAUUCCUCUUCAAUCUAAAUCACACACAUAUAUACAGAGAGGUUACUUUUUAUCAUCAUCAUUAUUAUUACCUUCUCCUUCCUUGGGACUUAAUUUCACCCCUCCCCCUCCUAUCAGCCUCUCCACCCCCCCUUUUUAAUAUCCCCAUCCCCCAACACACACCUCACCCAGGCUUGGGAUAUAAUUGAACACUGCAUUCUUUGGUGGCGAUUUGUGGUCUUUUUAUUUUUUGUUUUGCUUUUGGAGGGAGCAGCAAUUGCAGAUCCAUAUAUUUUUUAUCGAUAUAUAUUUGUAUAAAAGAAGAGGAGGAAACUGCAUUUCCACAUCUCUCUAUGUUUUUUUUCCUCGCCCUCUUUUGCCUCCAUUGCAAAAGGAGGGGGUGAGGACGGGCUACAGCGAGCCAUCAAUUGCAAGUACCAUCUUCCUGUGACAGGGAGGCUCCUAACAGGAAACCUUCCACCCAUCAAUGCACUGCCAAUGGGUUAUAUCCUUCGUUGUGACCUCAUGGUUUAAGCGGGCAUAAAGAUGAGUAUAAGCAGUGAUGAGGUUAACUUCCUCGUAUAUAGAUAUUUGCAAGAGUCCGGGUUUUCUCAUUCAGCAUUUACCUUUGGUAUUGAGAGCCAUAUCAGCCAGUCUAACAUCAACGGUGCUCUGGUGCCCCCAGCUGCCUUGAUUUCCAUCAUCCAGAAAGGCUUGCAGUAUGUAGAGGCAGAAGUCAGUAUUAAUGAGGAUGGUACUUUGUUUGAUGGUCGGCCGAUAGAGUCUCUCUCGUUGAUAGACGCCGUAAUGCCCGAUGUGGUACAGACAAGACAGCAGGCCUAUAGAGACAAACUUGCACAGCAGCAGGCAGCUGCAGCAGCAGCAGCAGCUCCAACCAACCAGCAGGGGUCUGCGAAAAAUGGUGAAAAUACUGCAAACGGAGAAGAAAAUGGAGCACACACUAUAGCAAAUAAUCACACAGAUAUGAUGGAAGUGGACGGUGAUGUUGAAAUCCCUUCUAACAAAGCAGUGGUGCUUCGUGGCCAUGAAUCUGAAGUAUUCAUCUGCGCAUGGAACCCUGUUAGCGACCUUCUGGCCUCAGGAUCGGGAGAUUCAACGGCAAGAAUAUGGAACCUUAGUGAAAACAGUACCAGUGGAUCCACACAACUGGUCCUUCGGCACUGUAUACGAGAAGGGGGCCAAGAUGUACCAAGCAACAAAGAUGUGACAUCCCUAGACUGGAAUAGCGAAGGUACACUACUAGCAACGGGGUCAUACGACGGAUUCGCAAGGAUAUGGACGAAAGAUGGUAAUCUCGCCAGCACGUUAGGGCAACAUAAAGGUCCCAUAUUUGCAUUAAAAUGGAACAAGAAAGGCAACUUCAUUUUAAGCGCAGGCGUGGAUAAGACCACAAUUAUUUGGGAUGCACAUACUGGAGAAGCCAAACAGCAGUUUCCUUUCCAUUCUGCACCAGCGUUAGAUGUUGACUGGCAGAGCAACAACACCUUUGCCUCCUGUAGCACAGAUAUGUGUAUUCAUGUCUGUAAACUAGGCCAAGAUAAGCCCAUCAAAACCUUCCAGGGCCACACAAAUGAAGUUAACGCAAUCAAAUGGGACCCCACUGGUAAUCUUCUGGCAUCUUGUUCUGAUGACAUGACUUUAAAGAUUUGGAGUAUGAAACAAGAUAGUUGUGUCCACGAUUUACAAGCACACAACAAAGAAAUUUAUACUAUCAAAUGGAGUCCUACAGGGCCAGGAACAAACAACCCAAACGCCAAUCUUAUGUUAGCAAGUGCAUCCUUUGAUUCUACAGUUCGGUUAUGGGAUGUAGAUAGAGGGAUCUGCAUCCACACUUUGACGAAACAUCAAGAACCUGUGUACAGUGUAGCUUUCAGUCCUGAUGGCAGGUACCUGGCCAGUGGCUCAUUCGACAAAUGUGUACACAUCUGGAAUACGCAGACGGGUGCUCUAGUGCAUAGCUAUCGGGGAACAGGAGGCAUAUUUGAGGUUUGCUGGAAUGCAGCAGGAGACAAAGUUGGAGCGAGUGCUUCAGAUGGUUCAGUUUGUGUACUAGACCUACGGAAAUAGCGCUACUAGUUGGAAGCCAUGGACCGACUAUGAAUGUGUACAUAGCCAAAUUGACUGUCCCCCUUGAUCCAAGUACUGCUAUAGUCCCAACUGAACCAUGGCCAGUCCACUACAGCCAAACCCGAAAGAAUUAUAUACAUAUACUGUGUAUUAAAAGCAAAAAACAAACAAAACGAUUACACCAUGAAGAAGAUGACAAGAGUUUUGUCACAGCUUGUGAAGCCUGUUCACCAAGUGCUGGAAUCUGCUGUGCCCCCCUCCCCCAAAUAUAACAUGUAAGCAUUUUUGGAAAUGGAAAAAGCAAACGGGACAAAAGAGAGAGAGAGAGAGAAACGUAACUGUAGAGGAAGAGCCCAUUGUGUGUACCAAACUGGGGGAAGUUACAGAUGGCUGCCCCAUGCCCCACUCCUCCUUCCUGCAUCUCUUCCCUUCUUAAAGCUAUAUAAGAUUGGAUCCCCCACCCGCUUCCCUCCUCCCUUCUGAUUUUUUUGGCUUUCUUUCUUGGUUGGUGAUGCAAUUUUUGUGUACAGGGAAAAGGGUCUUGCAGGCUCCUGCAAAAGUAGUUUGUUCAUUGCUUUUUAACCUCCUCCCCCUGCCCGCACCCCCCACCCCAGCUCUGCCAGUCCUCUUGUUUGUAUUUUACUCAGUGGAGACUGGUGGCUCCAAUGUAUUUGGGCAGUGCAUCUGCUAUGGGUUUUAGUCCGACCUUCCAAGGAGCUCUCCAAAGUUGGGCUAAAACCCUCAGCGGAUUCACUGCCCCACUGACAUUGGAACCACCAGUCUCCCUUGAUUUUACUGAUACUCAGAGAAGAUGGGCAUGCAUCUGUUUUUGUGGUAUGGGUGGUGGAAGUGGUCCUCUUCACUCAGAAUUGCGGGGGGGGGGGCUUUUAGCAGCAGUUCCUUCUGAAUGUGUUGUUUUAAAAGUGUAGACAUUUAGAAGUCAUUGUGGUUAAUCUGUUCACAGCUUAGGUGGGGAGUUAGAAGGCAAUGCAGAACCUAACAUGAAGUUUGACAUUUCUUUACAUGAUAAGAUCCUUUAGUCCUGGGUGAGUGGCUAGUGAGCUUUCCAAAAAGCAACUGUUCCCGAGACAUUUCAGGCAACCGUAAAAGGGUACAAAAAGUUUUAAAAACAUAAGAGCGUGCAAGAAGAAAAAUACUCUCUUAGUUUGGAACACAUGCACAGAAUGGAGGGAUCAGGAUUAUGCCAUUUGCCCCACCUCAUGAUAUUUGUGUGUUAAGGUUUUAUAUUUGCGUAGGGGCCUACACAUAGGCACAGCCAUUACAUAUAUGCCCAAUAUGUACUCUCUGCAAGGAUUGCACUGGCCCAUCUUCCAGUCCUGAUUCCACCACUGCAUGUGCAUUCCAAACAUCAGCAUGGCACUAAGCACUAUGCUUAGGGUAUAGCUUAUGUUUCUUUGAAACCAUUGCUAUAGUCAGAGUCCAGUUGUGACUUGCUGUGAAAUAGAACUAAAUGCUGGAAAAAAAGGAAUUGCUUGGCUCAUGUUUAAAUUCAUCUGGGCAAAUUCUGGUUCAGCUUCUGGGCAAGUUUUGUCUAUUGAUACUGGGGUGUCUAUUUUUUAACACAUUCCAAAUUAAUUCAAAGUAUUAUGAGUUGGGGCACCCUGCCCCCCUUCAUACAAAAAUAUAUUUUAAAAAACCUGAAAUAUUUUUGACAUCUCUUAGCUAAAGCUUCUGGAGUGAGGUAAGCAAUUUGCUUGCUUAAGGUACUAUCCAGCUAGAAACAUUGUCCAUACAAAAUGCAUUGAAAUGAGGAAGAGGAAGACCAGUUUUGUCCCUGUGCCCAACCAAUCCUGUGUUGGUAAAGUUCCCAAUGAACUGUGCCCCUUCUAGGCCACAUGUACACUAUACGUUUAAAGCACUAUUAUACCACUUUAAAAUUGUCGUGGCUUCCCCCAAAGCAUCCUGAGAACUGUGGUUUGUUAAAGGUGCUGAGAGUUGUUGGGAGACACCUGCUUUUCUCAUAGAGCUGCAAUUCCAAGAAUUUCCUGUGAGGAAGGAUUGAUAAACUCUAGGAAUUGUAGCUCUGUGAGGGGAAUUGGGGGUCUCCUAACAACUCUCAGUGCCUUUAACCAACUAUAGUUCCCAGGAUCCUUUGGGGAACACGACGACUGUUUAAGUGGUAUAAUUGUGCUUUAAAUGAAUGGUGCGGAUGUGGCCUUAGUUUUGAAAGAAAGCGGGGGGGGGAGAGUAUCUGACAACAAAUGACUUGCUUCAAGUCUUAUUUCAAUACUGAGCAAUUCAACUUCUAUAAAAGACAAAUGUCUUGCACUAAUCUCACCUGCUGCUGCCAUCUCAUAAUUUUUGUUUGUGCUUGUGAGUUUUCCCACCCCCCAAAAUUAGGAUACUAUUUAAGCUGCUAUUUGUGUUUAGAGGGGGGUGGAAAAUAUGAUCACUACUAAUAGUGUGUUUCUUUAUUUCUAAUCUCAAGUAUCGCUUUCCUUCCUUCCUAGCAAGAGGUGACUCUGGCAAACUGGUCUGCUCACAUGUUUGAUUAAAUAUAAUGCCAGUAGCAGUGUCUCUGUUUUGAGAAAGUAAUAGCAUGAAGGCAGAUUUCUGCCAAUGCUGUUUGAUGCAUCAUGUUCCAUGCAGCUCCCAGUGGGUUAUUUUUUUUAAGAGAGUGUUUUAACAUUUCACCCUUUUUUAUUGAAAAGAGUGAUUUAUAGUCAAUAGCUUUGCAAAGAUAUAUUUUUUAAAUAUAUCAGCAUUUCAAUCACAGCGACAUAGCUGAACAAAUACUAGGCUUCAGAUCCUGGUGGAUUCCUCCUGUCCCCCUUUAUAUGGGCAGAAGGACAUGUAACAAAGAGCAGAGGGUUGACUCUGAAAACAGGAGCCCCAUGUUGGGUUCCCUUCACCUGUCUAGUGUCUUCUUUAGCCUUCCCCCAGCCUGGGGACCUGCAGAUCUUUCAUCCAAGAGAUGCUAUAAAACACAGGCUGCAGGUGAUGGGAGUUGUAGAUCUACAGGGCAUCAGGCUGGAGGGAGGCUACUGCUAGACUGGGGAAGGGGAGGUUGGUCAACUAAACUUGCGUCCCAACACCAUUACAAUGUACUUUUCUCUGCUCCACUUUAUUGGCAGUCAGGGAAAUGGGCAUUAUAACCUAGUUCAGUUGAUCAAAAACCAGGAUGAGAGCUACGACACUAUGGAGAGAGAACAGGAAUUCUCCCCAUAUUGGCAGUCUUGUGCUAAGAGCCCAAUUUUCUUUGUUGCACAUGGCUCCACCCUUCAUAACCAGAGUGGGGAACCUGUGUCUAAUGUCAGACUACAACUCCCAUCAUCCAUGACAGCUGACCAUGCUGGAUGGGGCUAAUGGGAGUUGGAGUCUCAACAUCAUCUGGAGGGCCACAGAUUACCCAUACCUGCUUUAUAGUUCAUUGUAGGUUCAUCUAACUAAGAGAAUGCAGCUUAUUAGACUUUUCCCCCCUAAGAACCUUUUUUCAAAAAAGCAUUGAUUUCUGGUGUUUCUCUAUGCACAUGAAACCACAUUUUGAGGCAAGUAGAGUUCAGCUCAGCCUUAUAUGGCAUGGCUUUUUAGCCUACUUUUAAUACGUACACUCAAGUUAUUACUAAUGGGAUAUUAUAAUCUUAAUACAAAACAAGCAGAAGGAAGAUUUAUACCCAUAAAAGGAAUCAGUCGUCUGAUAUGGCUCCCUGCCAGCUGUUUGUAGGGUUUGGGAAGAGACUCAAAAAGUUCAGGACAAUUUCCCUGUGAAUUACAAUAUAUAAGAAAUUUAACCUGUUGAGUAUCUGGCACUUGAAACAAUAAUAAUAAUCUUGCUUUCUAUUGCUGGAGGUCCAGAAUUGUGGCUGACCUCUGUCAUUAUUAAAAUAAUUUUAAAAAGGUUUUAAAAAUGUAAAAAAAUUUUAAAAAUUCUGUGCAAUAAUUUUAAACUGUGCUCCUAGGAAUAGACACAAAUGUGUUUUGGGGGAUUUUUAUUUUGAAUAUAUUUAAACGGCAUUUUUUUUCUUUAGCAACGCAAAUGUCAAUUGCACUGAACUUAAAUCUUUAAAAAACAAAGUCAGAGGUGAUUCUUGAUAGUACUUUUGUAUUUUGAUAUGGACAGUCUGUUCGUUUUUUCAUACAAGCUAUAGAACGGAUGUUUCAGCAGACUUUUAAAAAAAGUGUAUAAAAACAGUGAUGGAGUUGAACUCUUGACACAGCUGCAAGAUUCCACAGCAACGCUCACAUUUCUGGUUUUGCAAUCUUUUAGCUGCUUUUUUGUUCUGUGAUUUGAUUCUAGCCUUUAAGUAUGAUAUAGCAUAUAGGACAUUAUUAAGGCUUCAUUACCACUAAAUCCUGGGCUGAUUUCCUUUCCCUGCUUUUUGCUUUUAAUAUGAUUCAAAGUUGUUGUCUUUUUUUUGUGGGCCAGAUGCUCAAUCGCUCUCUCUCUCUCUCGAGAUACGUGAGCUGGAUCCCAGACUGCAAAGCCACACACAAGGCAAGAGGGAGCUCUAUUUGCAUGGGCCAAACAACUGAAUUGCAAGCUUGCCCCGAGUACUAUGUGUUUAUGCCUACUGAAGUUGUGGCUGUCAAGAGUACACAGUAGAAUUGUGGCCUUUGGCUACACUUCAGAGAAUCACAUUUAUCAGAUAUGUUUACACCAUGGGCCUUCCCUCCGCCCCGCCCCCGACCACUUUUCUUGACAUUGCAGUCUCUCCAUCCCACUAUAGCCCAUAGUGCAAACUCCUUUUGAAAAAUGGCAUAUUGGUGCAGUUUUUGUGAUAAGGGGCAGGGAAAUUGCCCUCAUAUUGUUGCAGUCUCUUAGGCCUGCAGGUAUGGGUUACUUUAACCUCAGCCCAAAACUUGACUGUCCUGUCGCUGCUGUCCUUUUUAUCAGUGUGCCACAGUGCUGCUCCAGUUCUGAACUUUCUUCUCAUUUCUAGUAUGAAACACAUGUAAAAUAUGGUGUUUUUAAAAGAGGGAGAAAAGGACAGGUUAGCAUGAUCAGAAGAAACCUCUCAAGUGCCAAUUGUUAUAUAGAGGAAUGCCAGGCAGGAAAAUCUAUUCCACCCUCAUUGUUAUCUGGUCGUCUUAGGUCAGGCCUAUGCAUUAUGGGCUCCCAGCCCUGAGUUUUAUAAUGUGAACAUGGAUGUGGGGGACUUUUGCAGGUCCAACCAUCCACUGAUCCUCCCCUGUAAAUGCCCCCUUGCACCAUUCUGUUCCAGAAGUACCCACCUGGGGUGGGGUUUGGGGUACAGCCUCAGACCUUUGCAGGGAAGAAUUGACAAAGACAGGAAGAGUCAAUCACCCUUUUCCCCACCAAUUCUACCCUGUAAAUGCACCUGUACUCACAUUAUCUCUACACACAGUCUUGGGUAUGCACUUGCUGUGACUACCUGCACUUCUGCCCUGACAGUCUUUUGUAGCAUCUUUUGGAAGAAAGUCCAUGCAACAGACUGAAAAAGCAACAUCAUUACCACAAAUGCUCUGUGUGCAUGUCAUGAAAUCUCAUUUUAGGAAUGAGCAUUCCAAAUCCAGUUCUAAGGCAUUUUGUUACCACAUAUUAAGGUUGAGAGUUUUCUCUUGUAAAAAAAAAAAGUUGGAGCAUUGUUUUGAUAUGUGCUGCACAGAGAAAGGCAGACAGGAAAUAUGUGGCAAGUUUCAGCCAAACCAUCAUGAGGAUGGUUGUAAAAACUGAAUGGGGCAAUUCUGUGGACUUGCUCCUGAGAGUGAGCCCCAAUGGCACGAAUAUACUCAGCAGUGAGGAUGUGGCUAAAAAUAUUUCAGUCUCUGCUUUGCUAUGUCAGUGGCGGAUGGUGGCACCCUGUCAGUGGGGCAGCGGAAUCCACUCGUGAGUUUUAAUAUGAACUUUCAAACCUUGAAAGGUUGGCCUAAAACCUGGAGCAGAUUCCACUGCUCCCCUGACAUGGAGCCACCAGUUGUCACUGAGGAAAAGCUGUUCAGGGUCUCCUAUUGCCAAAAAGAAUAUGACAGUGCUUAAUUGGCUAAUUAAUAUUCUAAAGGUAAAGAUAGUUGCCUUGGCCCAUAAACGGGGGGGAAAUCCACAUAAGCACAAUACAUUUAUUUUGAUUCUCUUAAAUGACUAUAUUGGCCUAAUAUGGGUUUUGAAUAGUCUAAAUUCACUCAAGGCCUGCAACUCUAAACCUAUAUCUGGAAAUCUGCUUCCAGAUUGCCACACUUAGGUUCGUAAUAUAAAUGCAUCACUCUCUUGGAUGAUGUGGGGAAUUUAAAAUAUAGUGGGGUUUUGGUUUUUUAAAAGGUAAGUUUAAUGCAACUGAAAAGACCAAAGAUUUGUACAAUUUUAAUUUUAUUUACUGCUUUCUACACUGGUAGGGCAUUUAAGAAUUGAAACAAGUGUAUGUAAACUUCAGGCAGUUUUAUGUUUUCUUUUUUGUGACUACUACAUAUAACAUGAAUGCAUUUAAAAACUUUCUAGGAGAGAAAAAAUACAGCAUUGCAAAAUAGGUUUUGUUACUCUCUCUUAAAGAAAAGAAAAAAAGAGGAUCCUGAUGCACAGUCUCACGGUUAGAAAUUCUGCUGAUCUUCCAUUCAUUUCAAAGGAAAAUAUAUAUUGUGGAACUUGACUGACCUCCACCAACUAUAGAUGAGAGAGAACUUGAAAUAAAAGCACCACAAAGGUUGACCUUCAGCAGUGAGCCAAUUUUGCUUUGGCUGAGCAAGGAAAUAUGGAAACUUGCUUAACAGACUCAUUUGGCUUGAUUUAGAAAUUACUUCCAGAAUCAGUAGAAAGGGAGUUCAUUUCAUGUAUUUUCCAGAGGGGGGCAGCAUUGUGGCACAUGGACAACACGUCGGAGAGAUUGCCUAUUGGAGGUUUAAAGGGAGAAUGGAUGUGCAUCCAAUGCACAUACAGUCCCAUCCCGUCCCGCCCUCCGCUACCCCAUAACUUCUUUCCAUGCUGGAUUUAAAAGCAUGCCAUUUAAAAGCUUUCCUGCCUUUCCGAAUUCAUAUACACAAACUGAACCUCAGUCAUUUUCUAGAUAAGCCUCUGGGUUUGGAGGACAGCAGCAAAGGUUUGAUAUCAGAGCCUUAACUGCUAAGGAAGAAGGGUUCUGAAAUUUGUUCCAGGCUUAUCCUCUAUAUGAACUGGCACUGUUGAACUGUCAGACCCGUGAAGACAGCAGGUUCUUGACAACUGCAGGGUUCAGUGAUGCAAGAGUGGUCCACUAAAAAUUGCGACUAAGCCUGAAUGUUUCCCCUAAUGUUUUUUUUUGGGGGGGGUUGCAUUUGUGGAUAAAUUCAGGAAAUUGAAUUGGUUUGUGGUUGCUUCUCCUGUGUGCUUCACAAUCUCAUUUCUCAACAGGCUGCGGGAAGUAAGUCAGUCACCUAUAAUACAAAAGUAAACUCUCCUCCCCCCUUCUCUCUCUCCUGACUUUUGACUUUGUAGUUGUAAAAAAAUAAAGAGGUUCCGAUUUGGAGUUGCAAAUAUUUUGGGUCUACUUCUGUGAGCCUACCUAUAGCACUGGAUAAAAAUGUCUACAUCACUUCUUCAGUUAUAUAUCCAGUUAAAUUUACAAAUGUUGUACAAGUGUAAAACCAGCCCAUGUGACAGGUUUUUGUUUCUUUUUUACUUGUUCAGAAAGACUUUUUAUUGUUCAGUUUUCAUGAUUUAUUGUCUAAAGAAGACUGAUAUAGAUGUUCUAUACUGUCCUGGACCCAUGUUAAUGAUGUACUUUGGUUCCACAUCACAAUGAGUUUUGUCUUUUCAAUGGCCCUUUCUUAAACCCGAAGGCACAUCUCUUUUUUUCUGUUGCAGUUUCCCCUUUGCAUUGUAUUGCUCUGACAAGUGUAAUUUGAAUCAGAUCUGAAAGAGGUCCAGAAUAAAAUAUAUUUUGAUACGA